AUGACUUCUGUGUUUUACUUUGCAUGUGAUCAUUUCCUUGCACUGUUUCCUGUAUUUACUAUCACAACCAGUUAUCCAAUAUUGGCCACUACUUUAAUAAAUAACAUACGAGUCUUGAGGGAUGCUGUAUUCCCACCCGGUUCAAGAGUAUCGUCUGAAGAAGAGUCAUUGUUAGAAGAUGAAAAUGAUGAUGAUGAUGAGCGUGAUUCUAGGCUGAGGAGGAGUAGCCGUUCUGAUCAUAGAUACGAUGUAAUUAUUCCUAUAGUGGUAAUAGGAAUUCCGAUGGCAGUAGCCAUGCUGACGGAUAACGUGCUAUUACUGGCUACAGUUACGGGCUCUUAUCCAGGUGUCGCAGUGCAAUUUCUCAUUCCUUGCUGGUUAGUGGUGAGUGCACGGAAAUACGCAAAGAGCGUGCUGAACUUCCCAGUACCGAAGAAACACUCAAGUCCUUUCAAAUAUAACUACUGGCCAUAUGCAAUAGUCAUCUAUUCCAUAUUUGCCAUAAUCAUGGUUACUUUGAAUAUAGUUGGUGUACGAUUUUAA